AUGGCGUCGGAACAGGUCGCAAAAGAUGUUCAGGGCAUGCUGAGGGCAACGUGCCAUGCGCAUGAAGCCACUGGAAGCCCACACAGCAGUUUUCCAAAACCAAGGGUGCAAAACGCAGUGAGGCUGAGAGGAUGUCCGCGCUCGGCUUCGGGCGGUCCUCCCGGGUCUGGGCUCCCGUCUCCUCUGCGCGCCUUGUGCCCCCCAGCCCGCAGACCCGCAGGCUUCUGGAGACCGUGGGUUGACGCCAGAGGCUACAAGGAGGAGGGGGCGCCGCAGCACGCGGCGGAGGCGAUGCCGGAUGGCCCCGGGGUGACCGAAGCCUCAGGAAAGCUUUCCCAGUACAGACACCCAGUCAGACUAUUUUGGCCAAAAUCAAAGUGUUAUGAUUACUUAUAUCAAGAAGCAGAAGCUCUUCUGAAAAAUUUUCCAAUUCAAGCCACAAUUUCAUUUUAUGAAGAUUCUGAUAGUGAAGAUGAUAUUGAGGAGCUGAUCUGUGAAAAUUAACCUGAUUAGUUACUUGUGUGACAUUCAAAGCUUAUAGGAUUUAAAUUUAGUGUACAAAUGUAUC